AUGCAAUCAGAUCGACGCUAUGGCGUAACGCUUCCUUGGAUGAAGAAGGCCAAAGAUGCUUGGGAGACACAGUUUGAUUGGCGUAAGCAUGAAAGCUAUAUCAACGGCUUUCCCCAGUAUAUCACGAGGGUGGUCGACGAAGACGGACAUGAAUAUGACAUUCACUUUGCUGCUUUGUUUUCUGGUCAGAAGAAAGCUGUUCCAAUUCUUCUAUUACAUGGCUGGCCCGGAAGUUUCUUGGAGUUUUUGCCGAUGUUGGACAUGAUUAACCAGCGUCAUCCACAAUCCGAAUCGCCCUAUCAUCUAAUCGUGCCGUCGCUUGUUGGAUAUGCAUUCUCUUCAAAGCCUCCGCUGGAUAAAAAUUUCAGGAUCGAGGAUGGCGCUCGUAUCCUCGAUAGAUUCAUGGAUAACCUGGGCUUCGGUUCGGGGUAUGUCGUACAUGGUGGAGAUUUAGGGAGCGACACUGCGAGAGUCAUGGGCGCGAAGCACGCAGGUUGCAAAGCGGUUCACAUCAAUUUCUGUUAUAUGCCUGAACCAUCAGUGCAGACGCCGCUAGAGGUAGAUGACAUUGACCGACUUGGCAUCGAAAGAGGUCGUGAAUUUGAGAGGGUUGGUAAUGCAUAUGCUAAAGAGCAUGCUACUCGCCCGAGUACAAUUGGAAUUGCGAUUUCCUCUAAUCCAUUGAGCCUUUUAGCUUGGGUGGGUGAAAAGUACCUUGAGUGGUCUGAGGAAGAUCCCGAUCUCCACACAAUCUUGGAGACGGUCACGCUAUAUUGGGUAACGCAAACGCUGCCAUCUUCUUUAUAUCAUUAUCGGCAGCUCUUUGAACCGAGUUCCCUUGGCUCACACGCAAAUCCAGAGUGGUAUAUUGACAAACCUCUUGGUUUCUCUAGCUUCUUGCAUGAGAUCGCUCCCACGCCGGCUAGUUGGGUACGCACAACUGGCAAUUUGAUAUUUUAUCGCAGACAUGAAAAGGGUGGCCACUUCGCCGCACUUGAGCAACCAGAGGUAUUGUGGGACGACAUCACUGCAUUUGUGCAGGAAUUGGUACAGCGAGCCAUUUUUUAA